GUGGGUCUGUGCGACUGCGUGGGCGUGCUGUGCUUCUUCCAUCGAUUAUCCUUCGGGCAGGGAAGGGCAGUGGGUGAGAUCGUUUCUGUUUUGUUCUGUCAUGGAGUCCAUCCCACACGGUCGCCUCUACCAGGACUUCUUCAAUUGAUUUGUGGACUUGCUGUGGCCUUUUCGUCUACAAGAGUGAAAUUAUUCGGUUUUUUAAUGGAAGUACAGUCUAGCUAAACUGCAAGAAUUCGAAUGUCGAAUUAUCCGCGAUUGAGGAAGACUGGAUGCGAAAGUUUUUCGAAGACAUUAUCUGGAAAAUUACCAGCAAACUAAUUGGUGCCCGUAAGUGAUAGGAGAAUGCAGUCAAGAAGAGUGGCACAUCACGUGCUUCUGAGAGCAGCUUCUAUCUUUGAAAAUUGUUCGGCUGUAGAGGGUGUGCUCGAUGGCCGACAUGUCAGUUACUUUUCAGGAUCGUUUCACCGUUGGGAUGUUCCAGUUCACAAGCGCUCUUGGACUUGUAUCGCGUCGAGAGGGCCCAAUAGUUUGCUUUCUCAAGAAUCUUCAGGAACGGGGUUGGGUCAGCUUGUUAAAGAUGAUGGGAAAAUUCCAAGUCAAUUUCGGCGAUUAUAUUUGUCAGAAGCCAGUUCUGUUCUGCGGAGAGAACCUGUUGGCCUUUAUGGUUAUGGUUUGCUUAAGUCACCCCAUGGCUUUCAAGCUUUUGCUCAAGAAGCAAUAGACAAGUCAGAGGAUAUAAUAAAAGAAAUUCAAGUUUUGCCGCCAUCUAUGGCUACAAUACGAGCCUUCGAUGAUAUCUCCGAUGUGGUGUGCACUGUUAUCGAUGCAGCUGAGUUGUGUAGAAGUACUCAUCCUGACAAGGACUUUGUCAGAGAGGCAAAUAAGGCAUCUAUGAAACUUUAUGAGUACUUGCAAUACUUAAAUUCACAUCCAGUACUAUACAAAGCUGUGGUUGAUGUGGAGCAGUCUGACUCUCUGACAACCGAUGAAGCUAGAAGGGCAGCAAAGACUCUUAGGGUAGAUUUUGAACGAGGAGGCAUUCAUCUUCCUCCCGAUAAACUAAAACGAGCGAGUGAGCUUAACUUGGAGAUCACCCGUCUGGGCCGAGAGUUCACAGAAAAUGUUAUGUAUGAACAGGGUCAGUUGGAUAUAUUUCCCGCGAGCUUGAUCCCAAAAAAUCUGCAUAGCAUGAUGGAACCCAUAACGAAGUCGAAGGGUGGGAUGGUGGGACGCUAUCGCCCCAAAAAAGGUGGCAGUGGAAGUCUUACCGGCUUGCGCAUGUCGACUGAGCCUGCUGUCCUCUUUCCUGUUCUUAAGUAUGUACCGGAUUCUGAGGUGAGGAGGAAGGUUUAUUUGGUGGGAAAUAGUGUUCCCAAAAGCAAUUUGCGCGUUCUCGAUCAUCUAAUUUGUGCCCGACACGAGCUUGCACAGCUUUUGGGAUACAACUCGUAUGCUGAAUUCGCGCUUGCACCGACCAUGGCAGAAAAGCCAGAGGCAGUUUUGAACUUUCUCGUGGAUCUCAGCACGAAAAUAAGAGGAAAGGCAGAUGAGGAAUUGAAGAUGCUGGGGGAGUUUCGCCAGCAAUUAGAAGAUGGGAAUAACAGCUCAGUGCAAGCUUGGGAUGAGUCUUAUUACUCUGGGUUGCUCAAAGCCCGUACCCAUGAUCUCACUGCAACCGCAGUAGCUUCAUACUUUCCAUUGACGUCUUGCAUUGAAGGAUUGAGAGUUAUAAGCCAGUCUUUAUUUAAUGCUACAUUCGAACAGGUGCCAAUGGGCCCCGAUGAAGCCUGGCACCCGGACGUCCAAAAACUAACACUCAAACAUGCUACAGAGGGGGAUCUUGGACACAUGUAUCUCGACUUGUACGCUCGCCACGGCAAGUUUCCCAGCUGUGCUCAUUUCACACUCAAAGGUUGUAGGAGACUUAACGAAACGGAGUACCAAAUUCCGGUGGUAGCAUUGGUUUGCAAUUUUUCUAGCCCUCAUGCUUCUGAGGCCCCUGUUUUGAAUCAUUGGGAAGUCGAAGCUCUAUUUCAUGAAUUUGGUCAUGCCCUUCAUUCUUUGCUCUCACGCACGGACUAUCAGCAUUUUUCAGGAACGAGAACAGUCCUAGACUUCUCUGAGACCCCAUCUCACCUCUUUGAGUACUACGCUUGGGAUUAUCGGGUCCUAAGCAAAUUUGCCAAACAUUAUCAAACAGGGGAACCUAUACCAGAGAAGAUGGUUGAAUCUAUGAAUAAUGCUAAACGCAUGUUGGCUGCUACCGAAAUACAACGGCAGGUUCUAUUCGCCAUGAUUGAUCAAACCUUUUUUGGCAAACAACCAUUUCCUGGAAAAGACACAACAUCAGUAGUUGCUGACUUAAAGCAUCGACACACUAGCAUGAAGCACGUCGAGGGCACCCAUUGGCAAACUCGAUUCAAUCACUUGAUCAAUUAUGGUGCUGGUUACUACAGCUACUUGUAUGCUCGAUGUUUUGCUGCAAGCAUUUGGCAUCAACACUGCCAAGAAGAUCCCCUCAACCUUGAGACAGGGGAGAAACUACGACGCGGUUUGCUGCAGUUUGGAGGUGCGAAGGAUCCUGCUCGGAUGCUGCAGAAAUUAUUAGGAGACGAUGCUCUUGUUGCUUCACCCUCAGGUGGAGUCAGCCCUGCGCCGCAUCAUAUGCUUGCAGAGCUUGGACUACCAUCGUCUAGGAUGUAGAAACCGUCUGCCUUCAUCCUUGAAAGCAUUCGUUUUGAUGUAGUGUAAACCUACGAACUUUGAUGGACGUCGCUAGAGCUAGUUCUUGCUGCCUCCUCUAAACGACAACUGUGGUAAGUAAAGUUGACGGACAAGCAAGUCCGACCUUUACCAGUUUCCUUCCGUCUGAGCAUGGGGAGAAUGUUUAACCACUGUCACGCGAAGUAAUUAGCUUAGGGAAAUGACCGUCGAGUUAUUCUCUGACGUCUAUGUUGUAAGUAGGCACCUCCCUAUUGAUUGUACGAAUACUUCCGGAGGAAAUCGUCCAAGCAUUCGCGAUAAAUGAAAGGGGAUGUAACCCACAGUGCUUCGGUUCAAAUCUCUGAGAUACACCGAAAUAUUCUUGGCGCCUAAAUAGAUGCUACAACGUCGUACAUUAUACAUUUUCGUUGAAGGAUUUUAGUUACAUGCAUGCACCUUCUUCUGCGUUUCCGGAUUAUUUUAUUGUCGACCGGAGACUCACUAGUAUAGAAUUUCCUGUGUGAGUUUGAACAUUGACGACGUCAUCAAUGAUGUUGUCUACUUGACGAUCUAUACAACAGUCAUGAUUUCUU